ACGUAUGAGAUGAACAUACAGCGAAGGGGAGGGGAGAGAAAAAGAAAAGGGAGGGGAGAAGGCGCACCUGCUUGACGCCGACGACGAGGGUGGGAUGGGGAAGAAGAAGAGCGGCUCGCGGUUCUCGCUCUCCAGUGUCCUACCGACGGCAUGGUUCCCGAAGCUGAGGUGGGGGGCGCGGGACAGCAGCCAGUCGACGUCCACGUCCACGUGCCGUUAUGCGAACCCCUGCACCGGCGGAAAAAACAACUCGGAGCUGUCGCUCCCUCGCUUGUCUGUUGGCGAGGAGCGGUUCCUUGGCUCCGACGACUACAUGCGCUGCCGCCCCGAGGAGUAUGAACUGCCGCGCUCCAGCUGCGGCAGCUGCCGCCUAAGCGUGUCUACCGCCGAGGUGGCGCCGAUCUUCACUGAGAUCCUUGCGGAGGCGAAGAGAAGCGCGGUCCACACGGGUGGCACUUUGCCGUCGCCGGACACCGUCAAGGUGCCGGACAGGGAGUACGGGUUUCCUCGGGAAGAGGAAAAGCAGAUGAUCCGGAGUAGAGCAGGUCGGUCCGCAGUGGAGGUCCUCGCCGUCGGGCAUCGGGAAUUUCCGGCCAAUGACUCCGUUAGUUUCCACACACACAGGGGAACUUUGGAUGAGACGCUCUUGGAUCCGGUUUUAUUGCCGGAGACUGCAUCCACCGUGGACCUGCGCCCUCGGAACCGUAACGGUUUCUUCGGAGAAAACCAUCCGUCCCCUGAGUCCGUUCCAUCGCCCGAGUCCGUUCCGUUGCCGGAAGCAAGGAGAUCAAGAAACUGCGAAGUUCGUGACAGGUCGAAAAUUGGGGACUUCCUGGGUCCCCAUUUGGUUCUCUUGCCACGAAAAGAAGUUGGGAGUGUGGACGGACGAACGGAGUCCGUCGUCCACGCACAGAGAAGCAUCGCGACUAAAGGAGAAACUUUCCAGGCCAAAGAGCCGGCUAAAUUGAAAGAAAUGGAGAGAGCCGUUCGAGACUGGACGGCAUGCACGGGUUCCGAAAUCAGGCUUGCCGGAGAAUUUCAACAUUUUCGGAGAGAUGAUCUCGGAGUCCUUCAGCAAAGGGAGAGGCUCUCUAUGCUUGAUGCUCGGAAGGAAGCAGAAGAUGUCACCAGUGGACACGUCAAUGCUGAUCCGAAUUUCUUGAAGGGGAAGGUUGAUCGCUUACCCUCCCUGUACUCAAUUCUGUUCCCCGAGGAAGAAAGCCCUCAGAUCGUCUCAAGUGGUGGCGACAGGACAAACUGUUCGGGAUCCAUUAAGCCCGGCAUAAAUGAUAUUUAUUCAGAAUUGAGUUCCGUUGUACUCUCAGAGAGAGAAACCAUGCCCAACAAAAAGCCGAUUGGUGAGUUUGCAGCAGGAUGCGCCAGAGCAGAAAUGCACUCGGCCAACGAAAGCGGAAACUUUCCAUUGGAAAAUUACUGUCAUUUUCAGGAAACGGGAUGCAAGACGAGAUGUCGAGGCUGGACGAGAAGCAUCGGCUCCGAAGUAGAUGUGGUGGCUGGAAAGUUUGGAAACUCGCUGUCGACCGAUUCCGUUGCGUUUCCUAACGAGGUUAAGAAUGCGGGAGAUAUGGAGGACGGGGCUGAUGUAGCAUCAGAUUGCAUGACGUCUGAGGUACAACAAUCCACUGAAGGCAGAGUAGAACAGUCACCGGUUAGGGAAACCGUCCUGUUUCCGGAAAACAUAAGGGCUAGGAGCAUGUGCAGGCGAAAGUCUGAGGCGGAAUUAUCAUCGAGGACCUUCGAUUGCGAUACUCCGCGUCGUAGGAGCUUCAAAGGGCGAAGAAAACUGAAAAAUGGAAGGGUCGUUCUCCGUGGCGACAAUGAGAAGUCUCCAGGACGAGUGCAGGGGUUCCGGACGGAAGAAGAGCGGAAGGAAUUUGAGUUAAAGAUCGCGAAGAUUUUAGGAUUUGAUCCUAAAACAUUAGAGCGUGGCAAUUCCACAGCAGAAGAGUUGAAAUUCGAUUUCGUUCCCGUGUCAGGGAACUCUGUCCCUCGAAAUUCAGACAGCAGCGAUCCAAAAAACUCCUCCGAUCGCAGGAGUCCAGAGGUCGACCGCCAAAACUGUGUCAGAAAGUCUUGCGAUCGGAAGACCGGCAAAGAAAACGAGUUCAAGUCCCUUCUUCUGAGAAAAUUAGACCGGAAAAAGUCAGACCUGAUGCAGAACUCGAGAAUCGAGCAGCCGAGAGGCCCUGAAGCGCCGAAGGCCAAACAGCGGCCUAAAGUCAGAGUGAGCUCUCCAAGGGUCGAGAUUCGCGCGAGGAAGUCGUUCCAGAGCGAGAGAAGGAAGAAGGAGAGGGCGGCGGCGGAGAGCUUCGCGGUGGUGAAGCGCUCGUUCGACCCGCAGGAGGAUUUCCGGGAGUCGAUGAUGGAGAUGAUUUCCCAGAACGGGAUCGGGAAGCCGGAGGAGCUCGAGAGUCUCCUUGCCAGCUACCUUUCCCUCAACUCGGACGAGCACCACGACGUCAUCGUGAAGGUUUUCCGGCAAGUCUGGUUCGAUCUCAGCCGCGCCUGCCUCGUCUCCGAUUACCUCGAUUUGGAGGGAAAUCGCAGGGCUGGAAGCCCUAAUCCCCACUUACUUAAAGAGCGUCAUUUUGGCGUUUCGUGGGGGUAGAUCAGGCAAGCUCCAAAAUGACAAAAAAGGAAAAUAAGAAAAAUAAACCGGUCUGCCCCUCAACCUGAAUCCGAACCAAAUCGUUCGGUCGGUCCGUCCGUCACAAAAAAGGGAAAACAAGAAGGGGUCGGUCAAAUGUCCUCGAUCGGGUCUGUCCGGUCCGGGUCAUCAUCAAAUAUGAAUGCGACUAUCCGAUCAUCACCUCAGCCACUUUGUCUUUCUCUAAAUUGAAAAUCAAAGACUGUACACGUUCUCGUUUCAGGUACCGAGGGUCCACUUGCACUUGCACAGGCCCUCGUGCCCGCAUGCCGAUGUGUGGUCCGGAAAGAAAUCUGGAUCUGGAUCCGUUUAUUGAAUAUCAGGUCCAUGCGGGUGGCAGCAGAUGUGUGAGGCGGCUUCGUGGCCUCGACUGCGAAAACUCCGUCCAUUUUGGCCAUCAAUCAAUUUCUCCCCCAACACCACCCACCAUUAUGUAUAUGUAUAUUUUAGUGACUAAUUUCAUUGUGUCUUUUCUAUGCUUCGUCA